AUGGAGGUGAGCACCGCAUCCCCUCCUUUCACCUCACCAACAGAUGGACCUGGUCAGUGUGAGAUCAAUGUCUCCAGCAUGGCCAUGCACUUUGUGAUGCUGCUCGUUGGGCUCUGUGGGCUGGCUGGGAACGGGGCUCUCCUCUGGCUACUGCACAUUAAUACCAUCACCGAUUUCGUCUUCAACCAGGCCAUCACCGACUUCCUCUUCCUCAUCUUCAUGGUCCCCUCCACCCUGGUAUUCCUUGUGGAGGAGGUUUCCUUCUCUGCUAUAAUGUCCCCAAUGUAUUUGAGCUUGCUUUUCCAGCUGUCGCUGUUCGCCUACAAUAUGGGGCUGUACAGGCUGACGUUCAUCAGCAUCGAGAGGUGCAGGUCCAUCCUCUGCCUGGUAUUCUGUGGUUGCCAACUUCCUGAGCACCUGCUGAGGGUUGUGAUGAGUCUCCUGUUCUGGGCCUUCCUCUUUGUUGUGAUUGCUGUCAAUCCCACGGUGACUUCCUUGUGCCAGUCACACGAGCAGGAGCAAUGCCAGGUGGCUGUCACCUCCAUGUACGCCGUCAACCUUUUUCUAUUUGCUGUACCCAUGGUCAUUUCCAGCACAAUCCUCUUAAUUCAUCUCAAGCCUAGCUCCCAGCAGCAGCCACACAAGAGGCUUGACAUUGUUGUCUUCCUCGUUGCACUCGUCAGUCUGCCCCUCAGUCUCUGGUCUCUCCUGGAGCUCAGUUACACAGGUGUACCCUCCCAGGUGGUUUUCCUGCUCACCAGCAUCAAUAGCAGCAUCAAACCCUUUAUCUGCUUCUUGGUGGGGAACUGGAAGAGAGACUGCUCCAUGGGGAGCUGCUGGAGACACUGCUCCAUGGGGAGCUGCAGGAAGUACUUCUCCAUCCAGUCCCUAAGGGAGGCGAUCCACAGGGUGUUUGAGGAGCCAGAAGAAAACACUGACUGUGGAGAUGAUCCUGUGGUAAACACCAGGGUCUGA